AUGGAGCGUAUCGAGGGGGUAACCGUGGGCCGUUGCGCAGCCUCGCCCUACAUGCAGCCGCUCACGGUGCGCUACCGCCAGAAUGGCACCCAGAAGUCAUGGGACUUCAUGAAGACGCACGACAGUGUGACCAUCCUCCUGUUCAACUCUUCCCGGAGGAGCCUGGUGCUGGUGAAGCAGUUUCGGCCAGCUGUGUACAUGAGUGAGGUGGAGCGCCGCUUCCCCGGGUUCCUGGCGACUGUGGACGCCGGCAGGCCGCGGGUGCCGCCGGGGGCACUGCCAGGCUCGGCGGGGGUGAUGUAUGAGCUGUGCGCGGGCAUCAUGGACCAGCCCGGGCUGUCGCUGGAGGAGGUGGCAUGCAAGGAGGCCUGGGAGGAGUGUGGCUACCUCCUGUCCCCAGGCGAGCUGCUCCGCGUCGCCACCUACAAGGCUGGCGUGGGACUGACCGGCUCCAGCCAGACCAUGUUCUAUGCGGAGGUGACAGAUGCCCAGAAGGCUGGCCCGGGCAGGGGCCUGGCUGAGGAGGGCGAGCUCAUUGAGGUUGUGCACCUGCCCCUGGGGGGCGCCCAGGCCUUCUCGGACAACCCGAACAUCCCCAAGACCCUCAGCGUCAUCUUUGCUAUCUCCUGGUUCCUCCAUUGUGUGGGCCCUGGCCUGGGUCUCCAGUGACACUCGAGAGGGUCUGGAUCGAGGCCCCGCAUGGCCCCCACCCUACAGCCCCAAUAAAGGCUCAUGUCGCUUCAAAAAAAAAAGUUUAUCUGAGCCAAGCUGAUAAUUACUGGGAAGCAAAAUCUCAAUGGAUUGAGAAAAUGCUCCAAAGAAUGGCAGUUUUGCAGCUUACAAGUGAUAUUGGUGCUCAUCAUCCUAGGAACACACUUUGACUGAACCAUUCCAUAUCCACAUGGAAACAGAUUGUGCUAGGAGAACAGAAGAUGGUCCGAUUACUCGAAAAAUUGGAAGAGAUUUAGGAGCUCUGUGUUAGGAACUAGGGGCAAAGACCAAAUAAUUA